AUGCAGUUCAAGCAAACUAGAAAACGCAAAAGCCGUUCAAACAGUCAAGAACAAGUUCUACAAUGGACACUUCUUGAGCGUCGUGGAACCGGGUUAGAAGAAGCAAGUGCCCCGGAUGACUUUGAAUCGCACCAAGCGAAGCGACGAUCAAGCACUCGAGACAAUCUGGACGAAGAGCAAAAGGGCAGUGACGAAGAUAACGAGGAUGCAACACCUCAAGUCUUUUGGCGAGCGAGUGCCAAUGCAGUCGAAGGUACUGACUUGUCUGAGCCGACAACGUUUAAAGAUGCUGUUGGUGGACCAGAUCAAGUGCAUUGGCGUAAGGCAGUCUGUGCCGAGUUGGACUCAAUGAAACUUCGUGGCGUGUUUCGAGCGACCAAACUGCCAGCUGGACAGAAUACCAUUGGUACCAAGUGGCUAUUCAAGAUCAAACGGAAAUCUGAUGGAUCCAUCGAGAAAUACAAGGCGCGUCUCGUGGCAAAAGGGUUCAAGCAGAAAUAUGGCAUCGACUACACGGAAACGUUUUCGCCGGUAGUCAAGUACGUGACGCUGCGCAUGGUGGUUGCAAUCACGAAGUACUUUGGCUGGACACUGGACCUACUGGACGUGGUGACAGCUUUCCUUUACGGAGAAAUGAAGGAAGGAAAAGGUAUUCUGCGCGAUCCCAGAAGGGGUCGAAGUUGA